UUUCAGAUUUUGUAUGACAUCCUUUACAAGCAAUCAUCAGCAAGUGAUCAAGGAACAAUGUGCUCUAACAUGAAUGUGACCAACAAUGUUAAUGCAAAGACAAAUAAUGUGGAAGAUAACUUUAAUUACUGUAAAGACUUUGUUCACAAUGAAACAAAUGCUUACAUAGUUGCAGCAACAAUGUCUCACUUUGGCAUGAAGUCAAUACAUGACGAAGCUGUUCCACAUUCUGUAAGAACAGCAUCUACGAAAGACAAACAACUUUGGUUCUACAAUCAUGUAAAAACCAUACUUGAGAAAUAUGUGAUGAAGAAACAAUCAGAAGAAUACAGCAAAAUUGUUGAUCAUGUAAACACUUUAAACCAGCCAAAACAAAGAACAGUGUUCCCAUGCAGUAAGUGCGGGAAGACAUAUGUUUAUAAGAAAGCAAGAGAUAGUCAUUUGAAACUCAAACAUGGAGUGGACAUUGCUGAGACAAUAGCUGAAUCUCCUAAGCAAGUAGAAGUCAAAGAAGAUUAUGUAUACAACUAUGCUUGUGUGCGUUUAAGUCUUGGAAUGCUAAUUUUUAAUUUCAAUGAUGCAGUAAAAGAAGGAGAUGGUGCAAGAAUAGUGAGAUGUUGGAAGUACAUGUUGCUGUUGUAUAAAGGUCAUGGCCACACAAAGUAUGCUUUGGCAGCAUUACAACUGAUUGCAAAUACUAAAUCUCUGCUAUCUUCAGAAAAGGCACACAGUCUUAUAUGGAAUAGGACUGUGAACAACAAAGGUGGAGCUGGUAACAAUAUUUCUAUGGAUCUGAGGAUGGAACAUAUUGUACAUYUCCAGAAAGAAAUGCUGAGUAAUCUUGGUGCCAACCUCAACCAAACUCCUGCCUUACGCUGCAGCAGAGCAGUUAAGCCUGUUGAGGAUUUGCUGUCUUCUAUAGAUGCAGAGCUAACUGUUAGAAGACCAUCUGGGAAGCACACUGUGACACGCUCUCAAUCAGACUUUCAAACAAUUGUGAAUGAGUUGCACACAAGAGCAGAGGUCUUUGUUGAUAAAGCUGAAGAAGGAAGACAACAUGCAGCCUUUCYGCACUUUAAAAGAAGUAUACUCUCAACUUUGGAAUAUGACAAGCUGAAUUCAUGGUUUAAUCAGCACAAGAAAAAAUGGGCCAAACAAGGAUUCUAAACUCCAGCUUUAAUGCAGGAAAAAUGAAAAUAGCAGUCUUGCUUGUUAUUUUUUUGAGGAAUUAUUCGAAAUUUUCAGGGGAGUCUGGUUUCACUUUUUUGCAUAUUUUUCAUGACUCAAUAUUUAUGCAAUCUCAACCCCCCACCCCCCUUCCCAAAGAAAAAGGACUAAAGAGAAUCCAGACAUA